AUGGAGUACCUUCACCAAAACGGCAUCGUACACAGGGACCUGAAGCUUGAGAACAUUUUGUUUGAUUCACAAAACAAGGUGAAACUGGCUGACUUUGGCAUGGCCGCCUCCUUCAGUGGAGGAUUAGGCCCUUCGAAGAAUUCUUCAAGGAGAAACCAAAAUUGUGCCACUGAAAUCCCUCAAAUUGUUGAAAUAAGCAUUGAAAAGGAUAAUGAUUCUUGUGUUACCCCAGGAACAAGACUUGCACGAAGAGAUUCCUACUCUCGACCCGCUCCAUGGGGUGGAAAGAAAAAACAUUCCUGUUCUACAGAGACCCAAAGUUCAUUGGGUACUGAUAAAAAGUUUGGUAGAACUCGAAGUGGACUUCAAAGGAGAGACAGGCGCUAUGGUGUAAGCCCCCUACGUGAGGACAGUACUGUCGGAAGUCGCUGUCUCAGACAGAGGGUGCCGGAUACUGUGGGCUUGUGUUUUCCCAUGAGAACUUAUGACAAGCAGUCAAAGCCUCUCUUUUCCAACAGAAGAAAAACACAUCUUUCUGAAUUAAUGCUUGAGAAAUGCCCUUUUCCUGCGGGCUCAGAUUUAGCCCCAAAAUGGCACUUGAUUAAACAGCAUACAGCUCCUGUGAGCCCACAUCCAACAUUUUUUGAUACUUUUGAUCCGUCUUUGGUAUCUACAGAAGAUGAGGAAGAUAGGCUUAGUAUUGAAGAAGGGGUUGAUCCCCCUCCCAAUGCGCAAAUACAGACAUUUGAAGCUACUGCACAGGUUAAUCCAUUAUACAAACUGGGACCAAAGUUAGCUCCCGGAAUGACUGACCUAAGCGGGGACAGUCCUGCACUUCCACAAGCUAACUGUGACUCGGAAGAGGAUACAGCCACCCUGUGUUUGCAGUCAGGGAGGCAGAAGCAGCGUCAGCUGUCUGGAGACAGCCGUGCCCAUGUUAGCAGUCAGGGAGCUUGGAAAGUCCACACACAGAUUGAUUACGUACACCGCCUCGUGCCAGAUUUGCUUCAGAUUAUAGGGAAUCCCUGUUACUGGGGAGUGACGGACCCUUACGAAGCAGAAGCCCUUCUCGAAGGGAAGCCUGAAGGCACACUUUUGCUCAGGGACUCUGCGUGGAAUGUUGAGGUUUGUUGUGGCCGUGGAAUCUACGGCGACUGGCCAGAGCCCUGUGGUGGCUGUAGAUCUGUGGAGCUGUCCUCUGGGCUGACCCAAGAGAAGCUGGACUCAGUGGUGAUGGAGCCACUGCCCCUGGACCUGAGUCUGCGACUCACUUUCCAUAGUCUCCAGUGGGAGACACUGGUGGAUCCACCUCUUAUCAUCUUCUUGGUGGGUCUCAUUGUUUUAUUCCGACUUGCUCAAUCUAUUAGAAGCCAACUUUAUGCAAGGCGUGAAAAGCAGCUUGCAGAAGCACUGGCUACACAACUUAAGGAGAAAUGCCUGCUCAUUGACGAGGUCUACAGUGCUGGGAAGGAGUGUACUGAGACUGAAGCAUCUCUAGAGAAGAUCAGGCUAGAGACUGCGUCUUUAAAUAUACCCAGCCUCGUGGACACUUAUAGAAAGAUGGAUGCCUAG